UUCCUGUUCUCGCUGCUUAUUAAUAUUUUCCCUUUAAAACCACUUUUACCAAAAAAAAAAAUUGGCAGGAUCUUUAGGACUAAUUGAUCCUACUGUUUUUAAUUUUUUCUUAUGGUGAAGGGUUUCAAAAAUUAAAAAUUUGUUGAAUUAUCUUUUUUAACCUUUUUACUUGUUGAUCUUUAUAUCAGAUUCUGUUGGCGAUUUUUCCUAGAAAAAUUUAGUCUCCGUUUUGGUCUUUGUGCGUCCAGCGACUGUCUUACUUAUUAUUAUUAUUUUUUGAAAAUUUUAUCUCAUAUCAGGUGAGGUUUGCUCUUGCUAAAAGUUGCAUUUUGGGUUUAUAGAUAUUUUCUAUAAAAAAUUGUGAUAUUAGUACACUGUCAGUUUUUUUUACUUGAAAUUGGUACGGUCUAAAUUGAUGGGUAGUUAUGUUUUGGUAAUUUGUCUGGUAGGUUGCAUUUGAUAUCAUCAGGGUUUCGCUUAUUUUUGCUUAAAAGCUUGGAAAUUAAUUUCUUAUAAUUAAUUUUUGUUUUUACUGCGUUAUGUUUCUCGAGAAGGCUGUGGCACUGAGGGUGUCUCUCUUUGAACAAAUUGAAUCUUAGCUCACACAGGGUCAUUCGGAUUGCAAUCUUCCUUUGUUGGUGCUUUUGCAUCAUUAGGGGCUACUCUCCAACAUGAACAACCAAUUUGGUCAAGAUCAUGAUGAAGUAACUGUAGCUGGAUUUGAAGUGCCAAACUCACCUGAUUCAAGUUACACUAACUUGCACCCUGGUAGCGAAGACGAGUCUCGCGACCCACCUCUUGUUCCUGCUCAUUUGCAACAUACCUUACUUAGCCAUCCACCAACUGUGGACACUUCUGAAACUCUCCCCUUGCCUCAGAGUGUGAUCUUAAACCAUCUUUACAUUGAGAAUCGAGAGGCCCCACGAUCUGUAGUGGCCCUUGGGUUUACUCAUCGCUUCCGGUCCAAAUUUGUUACUGUUGUUCUAUACAAACCGGUUCCAAGAAGGGGAAGUGGCAGCACCUAACAUGCAUAUAGAAAGAAAAAAAAAAUCCUUGGUAGGUUUGUUUUGCCCCUCUACAAUGAAAACCUUGAAUGAUUAAACCAAAUAUGAAUUAGUUCCUAAGAAUAUUUAUUGGUUCACACCAUCUUAUGAUCUCAGUUCUAUUUUAUGAACUUAAAAUACCCAUUAUGUGCUUGGUAGAUUUGGUACACAUAAAUUUGUCCAUUCUUAUUUUUGGUCUGUGGUAUUGAAGUUUUUGUUAAUAAUGAAAUCCCAGAAGUUGUUGUCUU